AUGCGCUUAAAUAGCAAGAUAAAUCUUGUUAAAUUAAUGUAGUUAUCUGAUUAGCCUAUUCAACAUCAAUUUAUUAAUGCAUAAUCUAGUCUUUUUUGGAUAUUCAUCAUAAGGAAUUAUGCAAAUCAACAUUAAAAGUACUUGGUGAUUACUUUUUCAAUCCUAUUAUGUCAUUUAAUCAAACAAAAAAUGCUUAAGGAAGGAUACUUUUCGAAUAUGAUAAAAUUAUUGCAACAUAAUCAGAUGAAAUUAAACAAGUAAUUAAAACAGUUGUCUUGA